CCCUGGUGUCCCUGGUACAGGUCUCAGUCUUACUAUGGAGUGCCUGGGGUUAAAAAAUUUCUGGGAACCAACUGGCCCUCAUGGCCUGGCUUUCUUCAGAAUCAUAUUUGGCUUGCUCAUGACAUGUGACUUGUUUUAUACAAGAGGAUUCGCUACAGUGGAUGAUGACUGGGGUGAGAACAUUUGCAAUUUUCCAUUGCUGGAGACUCUCCCCCAAGUUCCUGCAGUGUUUAUUGUCAUGAUAUACACCCUGGCCUUGACUGGGAGUCUUGGUCUACUUCUUGGACUGAACAUCAAAGUAUCUGGGAGUCUCUUCACCUUGUCUUAUGCCUUCCUGCACAUCCUGGACAAGUCCCAGUGGAACAACCAUUUUUACCUAUACAUAAUCUUGGCUUCCAUGCUGACCAUCAGUGACUGUGAUUCAGCUUGGAGCCUGAAUGGAACAAAAAAAGAAGUGGAGACCUGGCAAUACUUGAUGUUCCAGUACCAGGCUCUGAUCACUUAUUUGAUAGCAGGGUUGAAAAAACUGGCCAGUGAUGACUGGGUUCAAGGUUAUUCUGCUCAAAGAAUGGAGCUGCCUGGGCUGUCAAUAGCAAGACCAGUGCAGAGGAUGUACAACCCUAGUAUUGACCUGAAUCAUGAAGGGAAGCAAUCCUGGGAUCCUUUCAUGGAAAGCCUUCAGCUUCUUUUACCAGUGAUCUCUCACCACCACAGAUUCCAACAUUCCCCAAGCCUCUCCAGCACAGAGUUCAUGCUUUUUGGGGACUUCAAAGAUAUGGAGAGCACUUAUUUGCUACACACCAGCAUACAGUCAGCAAAACUGACCAUCAUCCAAGGCCACAUCAAAGCCCAAAGAGUCAACAGAAAAGGAAGCACAGAGUUCAACCUCCAAAUUGGGACCAACCACACCACAAUGCACAUGGGGCAACAAACCUUCAUCCAAGUGACAUCCCCAACAGCCAUUUUUGGCAUCACUACCUACAAGUCACCACCUCCUGAACAAACAGAUUCACAGGACCAGGUUUCAGGUUGGGCAAAGCUGUGGGAAAACUACCUCAGUGCCAUGGACUUGUUGGCAAGGGCUGUGGAUCACAUCUUCUAUGGACUCAACUUUGAGGGAGACAUUGAGAAGAUCAGAAAAAUUGUAUUCAAAAGACACUUCUUUGAGCUGCACUGA